GUCGCCUUUGUUGGCGGCUUUUGCACUAAUCUCACUUGCGCCAUAUGUUUCGAGUGACCAAAAUCUGCCUUCUUACCUGAACUCGGUGCUUCUGAGUCAAGGUGGAGUCAGAGGAAUCCCUCAACAUGGCGGCAAGAAGGUGGGCAUGAUGAUGAUGGGUGGAAUGCCAUAUCAGUUCUCCUAUGGUGUGAACGACGAGUCCGAAUUGAACAUUCAUUCGAGAACGGAGAGCUCGGAUGGGACGGAUACCAUCGGCGAAUACCGAGUUCUUUUGCCCAAUGGUCAAACCCAAAUCGUCCAGUACACAUCCAAUGCUGAAACGGGAUUUCUGGUGGAGAUCAAGUACGAAAAUGAUACCGAUGUGGUCACGAAUUUAGCCCAAGUUCGUCCACAAUUGUCUGCCCAGAAUUCUCAAACCAGGCCCAACUCCUAUCGGAAUCCAAAUCAAAAUAGCAACAUCAACAAGAUUAACAAUGGCGGCGGGUUUCGGCCUGAUCUGAGUGGCUAUGGAUCAGCCGAUGUUUCGCCCCCACGAAACUCUUUCCAACCCCAAAGUGGAUAUGGUGCUCAAAGUGGGAACCAAGAAGGAUCAAAAUAUGCUCCACAACAACCAGCGUUGCCGAGUUAUGUCUCUCAGAAGGCUAAUCUUAGGCCUGACCCUUUUCAACGAUACCAGCCGCAACAACCCAGCCAAGACAUCAACAGCUAUAACAGACAAGCGAGUCCCAACGGAGGUCAAGGCAAUGGCGGUAAUAAUCCAAAUUAUCCCCCCGGAGCAUCCAAUCAACAGCCUCCAAGACGAGGUCGACCAGAGUCUGCCCUUCGACCUUCACAACAACCUCAAAGGCCUACACCAUUCAGUUAUUUCUCGGGCCAAGAACCAAGCCGAGGGUCUGCCCAAGUUCAGCGCCGACCUCCAACGAGUUAUGGACUACCUCAAGCUAAUCCCAUUGGCCAAGACAAAGAACCAGGCAAUGAACCGCCAACGAGUUAUGGGACCCCACAAGACAAUAAAGCUGAGGGGGCUAGGGAACCGCCAAGAAGUUAUGGUGUUCCCAAAGCCAAUCCUGUUCAAAAUGAGAACGAAAACCAGGCUUGGAACCCAUUUCAAGGGAGGCCAAAACCAUCAUCAAACAUUCAAAAGCCAGAGACCAGUUAUGGACUACCUCAAGCGGAUCCGUUGAGUAAUGGCUAUAGCGAUGCUACCGAUGAGUUACCAACCCAACAGAGCUAUAAACGACCUCAACCAAACCCUCAGAAUGUUCAAGCUCCUCCGACAACCUAUGGAAUUCCGCAAGCGGAACCCCAAGGGUACUCCGAGCAACCUCCUCAAAAUUACGGUGCAACGGCACGACCAGCUUCAGGUUCAAAUAACUUGAAGAGUGCAAAUCAAGACGAUGCUCGACGACAACGACCUAAAUUCGGACAAAAACAGGAUCCGAUGGCUGAAAAUGCACAAGCUCCUCCAACUGAAUAUGGUUUACCUCAGGCUGAUCCUAUUCAGCCCAUCUUUCCUGCUCUAACCAGUUAUGGAUUGCCACAAGCUGAUCCAGUUGGUGGCAACCCUUUUGGAAGUGAUACAGAAGACUCUAAUCAAGGUAUAGGAGGAAAUGAGGCCAAUGUGUUUGGCCGUGGGCAAAAAAAUCUUGGUGAAAGGCCUAAAUUUGGUCAAAAUGCUCAAUCUCCUCCAACGAGCUAUGGGUUACCCCAAGGCCCUGUCCGAGGCUCAAUUGCUCAAAACCCUUCAAACUAUGGAAUAUCUCAAACCUCAGCGACCAGUGAGGCUCCAGGACGUUAUGAAAGACCCCAAGUCUCGUCUAAGCCUUCAGCCGAGCAGCCUCCAACUGAUUAUGGUGUUUCUCAAUCAGAACCCCAAGGAAGUGUGCAACAACCCCCAACAGAUUAUGGUGUUCCACAAGCAGCUCCCCAAGGAAGUGUGCAACAACCCCCAACAGAUUAUGGUGUUCCACAAGCAGCUCCCCAAGGAAGUGUGCAACAACCCUCAACAGAUUAUGGUGUUCCACAAGCACCUCCCCAAGGAAGUGUGCAACAACCCCCAACAGAUUAUGGUGUUCCAAAAGCACCUCCCCAAGGAAGUGUACAACAACCCCCAACAGAUUAUGGCAUCUCACAAGGAGCUGUCCAAGGAAGUGUGCAACAACCCCCAACAGAUUAUGGCGUGCCGCAAGCUCCUCCCCAAGGAAGUGUGCGACAACCCCAAACUGACUAUGGUGUUUCUCAAUCAGAACCCCAGGGAAGUCCUAAGCAACCCCCAACAGAUUAUGGUGUUCCGCAAGCACCUCCCCAAGGAAGUGUGCAACAACCCCAAACUGAGUAUGGCAUCUCACAAGAAGUUCCCCAAGGAAAUGUGCAACAACCCCCAACUGAAUAUGGUGUUCCGCAAGCACCUCCCAAAGGAAGUGUGCAACAACCCCAAACUGAAUAUGGCAUCUCACAAGGAGCUCCUGAAGGAAAUUUGCAAGAACCUCCCACAGACUAUGGCGUGCCUCAAGCAGACCCACAAGGCAUUGCUCAGCAACCUCCAACGGACUACGGUCUUCCCCAAGCAGCCCCAGAAGGAACCAUUGCGGAACCCCCAACCGAGUAUGGUCUUCCUCAAGCGCCACCAAAAGGUGCUAUUCAGGUUCCAUCCACAGACUAUGGGCUUCCCCAAGCUCCACCGUUAGGUGCUAAAAAUGAGGGUGGAUUUGACUUUGGCGACACUGAAGAUUAUACGCUUAGCUCUGAAAAUGAGUUUGCCAAUUCAGGACCAGUUGAUAAUCCCUAUUUCAGCCCAAAAUCGGCCCCAGUUCGAAAUCAGUCAGGACCUAAAGACAACCGGAUCAACCAAUUGAUCAACCAAGAAUCCCAAAACCCUUUCAGACCACUCUCUGGCAAGCCGGCAUCUCCUCAACAACAACCUCAGCAACUCCAACCGGCUACUUAUUUGCAGAAUCAAAAUGUCCGCAAUCAAAUCCCUGGCCGCCAAUCUAGACCUCAGCGGCCCCAACAGGCUCCCCAGGCUUUGAGACAAGGGCCUCUGGGUUCCAUUCGCCCUCGACAACCCCGAAAGCCGUUUAAGUUUGCCACUCCAUCACCGAGAAUUAUCCGUGGUCGUAACAGUGCGGGUUUCCAAAUCUUUGCUCCAUUCAGAAGGAAGCGUCACUUUGGAUUUAGAAACCAUCCGUAAUUGAUAGAGCAACAAUAUUCAACACACUCAUAGUACGUAUUUAUUUAGCCAUUUAUUUUGCUGGUCAAUUUCGAAAUACAGAGCU